AUGACGAAUGCAACAGAUAGGCCGGCGCCCACAUCAGAACCCAUCGCCCUUGGUCCGGACCAUAGUGCCACCUACCUAGUACCCUUUAGCGUCCUUAUGGCCAUCGUUAUUAUCAGCACCAUGGCCCGUAUUUAUUCCCGUAUUCGCCCACAAUGGCGUCUCGCUUGGGACGACUAUACGCUGAUUUUUGCUUUUACUCUCACAGCUACUUGGUUCUCCUUGCUGGUCUCCGACGAUAUCAAGGGCGGUCGGGUCAUCGAGAACUACCCUCGCGACCCCUCCUUCUCUGGGCCCAUUGAAACGGCGGCGGGCCUUAUAUUCUUCUGGGCUCUGAACUUUAUACGUAUCUCUAUGUGCUUGAUGUUGCACCGCCUCAAGUACGAGAGAGCGUGGAAACUGGUAUUACGAAGCCUCAUCAUCGUCCAAGUAUGUCUUAUCAUCCUCGCCACAUGUGUACAGAUGGUUCUUUGCCGGCCUCUAUCCGCCUUAUGGACUCCGACUCCCGAAGCUCGGUGUAUCCCGAUAGUUGUUUUCAAAUAUUAUUGGAUUAUACAUUACUCUUUCCACAUUUUUAUUGAUCUGAUGAUCUCUCUCAUGCCCGUUACGUUUAUCUACGGGAUGCAUCGGUCUCUUUACGAAAAAAUACUUCUUUGUGGUUUGAUGGGCGCCGGUCUAGCAGCAACAGCAGCAGCCUUUAUCUUUCUUAUUGUUCUUAUUAAAUGCUUUGGAGUCUGUUACAACGCCCUAUGGAACUUUCGGCUAGAUAUCUGUACCACCCUGCAGUUAUUCCUAGGCGUCAUUGCCGCUAACCUGCCUUACCUUAAGGCGCCAGUUCAUAACAUUCUAAUACAAUGGGGUAUUAUUCGGCCGGUAAGGCAUCCCCCUUCCGGUGUCUCUCCCGAAACCUUCCGGAGAUGGAGGACCCACGGAUGCCACUUCGCCCAACAGUUGCACGACAUAGCAAUAUCGAGCUUUGGAGACAGCAAGCAGGCAUCUCACAUCGUCACUCAGUCAAGUCUAGACGACAGUCAACUCUUAGAACAGGGAAUAAGGCAUAUCUAGCCUUAUAAGUAAUUUAACAUUAGCGGUGCAGAAUCUAAUACUAUUAAUC